GAGUUGACACUAGUGUAAAUACGGAUGUACAACGGAAAUCCUGUACACAGACCUUGAAAUGAGCUGUCGGAUUUUCCGCGUUUAGUCAAAUUCUUUGAAACUCAUCACUGUUCAGUUCAGUACAGGAAUUACCCCUUGCCUUCUGGGGAAUUAUGCACUGUUCAGAAAACGAGUUGUCUCCCUUUAAGUUGUAAACUCUGUGGAAAUGAAGUUGUGUGGAAAGUUAUUAAACAGGAACCAAUGUCACCAUCGCCAUAUUCGUCGUCCUCCUCUCCGAAGAUGACGGUUCACUCGACGUCUCUCAAAGUUAAACGGAAAUGCGGCCGGCCGAGGAAUCCCAUCCCGAGACACAAGCGGGAGUCGCACAUAAACGCCGAGCACAGACGACGUGGUAAAAUACAGAACGGAUUCCAGACGUUGAAAAACAUAGUGCCACAAACAGGCGACACCCCUGUGAUACGAGACAGCAAGGCGGACAUCUUGUUUAAAGCUGUUGAUCACAGCAGAAAGCUUCAGGCAGAAUACAACGAACAAAAACAGAUGAUAAAUCAGCUGUAUGAUGAAAUGAAGACUCUAAAAACUGCUAUAGAGUUUCACCAGAAACAUAGUAUACCAGAAGAAAACCACUUGGACGAGAAAGAGAUAUCAGUGGAGGACCGACUGGAGGAAUAUAUACAAGAGAGAACUAGGAAAAACUGGACAUUCUGGAUUUUAAGUUUUUUCAUCCGACCGUUGUUCGAGUCUUACAACAGCUGCGUGUCGCAGGCUUCUCUUCAGAGUUUUAUAUCGUCCGUCGUGGACUGGGCGUCCAGGAAACUUACACUCACAGCGCUAAGAACGGUAGCCUUCGGAUCUUUGCUGUCGAUGACUACGGAAACCUCCAUACUGAGCGACACGCCCAAUCUACCGGAAGAAGCCUUUCUGAAGAUGACCCCUCCCUCGGACGACUCCUGUUUCGACUUGGACCACUUCUACCCGGAGAAAGACUCGACUUUAGCGUCUGUCGCUAAUAAGGACGUGUCGCUAAAUUCUGCGGCGCUAGACGACCCAAUGAUGGGGUCCUUGCCUGGAAUAGACGUGUUGUUAGGAUCUGAUGUUAAUAAGGACGUGUCCUUGAGUACUCUUGAUUUCAAAGAUUUGGCGUUUGGUUCACUUCUAUGCAAGGACUUCUCCCUUGGUUCACCUUCCUGUAAGAACCUCAGUGACUUAUCGCUCAGUUCAUUGAUAGAUAAAGACUUCAAUUUGGGAACAUUCGUGCUCGACGAACCAACUUACAUACCCCUUUGACAAAGGAUGGAUGCUUUUGAUAUAAAACUAUAGCUCGCAGUAUCAACAUUUUAAAAUUUUAUAAGUUUAAAUGUAGGACAGCAAAAUAUGUGUCAACAGUUCAGCCAGUGAAAUAUUAAAAAGUAUCGCAUAGUUA